UAUAAAUCUGUGAAAAAGAACAAAUGAAUAUCAAAUUAUCAUGAACUUAAUAUAAACUAUGAAACAUAAAUUAAAUAAAAAUAUUAAAAAUUAAUCUCUAUUAUCUAUAUAUGAUUAAUAUGCUUUCAAUAAUUAAUAAUUAAUAAAUAAAUAAAUCAGUGAAUAAUUAUCCGAAUCAGUGAGUAAAAAGUAAAUGACGAUUGUCUAUAAAAUAUUAUUUUAUCGUGAUGGAAUUUCCAUCAAAUAUUAGUGAGCUGGCCAAUAAUUUGACUGUAACAGCCCUAAAUGCGUCAACUCAUUCAGAACUUAAUUUACCGUAUACAGUUUGCGAGAUCUUGGUGGCAGUGUGUGCAGUGUUUGGUAACGGUUUAGUAAUCAUCGUCUUCAGCAAAGAGAAAAAACUUCGUCGACGAACUAAUUAUUACAUCAUCUCUUUGGCCACAGCUGAUCUUUUGGUCGGAUUGUUCGCAAUACCUUUUGCUAUUUUAGCUAGCAUUGGCUUACCGAAGAAUUUACAUGCUUGCUUGUUCACCGUUUCUGUGUUGAUUGUUCUUUGUACGAUCAGUAUUUUCUGUCUAGUGGCGGUGUCCGUAGAUCGUUACUGGGCAAUACUUCAUCCCAUGGGAUAUUCCCGCACUGUACGAACUAAAACUGCCAUAGGUAUAAUCUGCGUAUGUUGGAUCGCCGGUACACUAGUUGGUUUUCUACCGCUAUUAGGAUGGAACGCGGGUAAGAAAUCCAACGAGAAAUGCAUCUUUACCGAAGUGAUGGAUUACGAUUACUUGGUGUUUCUAUAUUUCGCCACGAUCAUUUUUCCCGCGCUAUUAAUUGCUGCCUUCUACGCUCAUAUAUAUCGAGUGGUCGUAAAACAGUUGCAACAAAUUGUAACGAUGAAUCCAGGUCGUCGUACCGGAAAUCAGACAACUGGAACCAUGUUACGUUUACUUGGCGCCGCCAGGAAGCGUGAAGUAAAAGCGACACAGAAUCUGUCACGCAUUGUAAUCUUUUUCAUCAUUUGUUGGAUCCCACUGUAUACCAUUAACUGCGUGAUGGCGUUCUGUCCAUGGUGUAGGGUAAACGAUGUUGUUAUGAAUUUUUGUAUAAUUCUAUCGCAUUUAAACUCGGCGGGUAACCCAUUACUCUAUGCUUACCAUUUGAAAGAUUUUCGUGCAGCGCUUAAAAACUUCAUGUGGAAACUUCUAUUUCCACACAAUGAUAUGAAAUCUAGUGUGGUUAGUGUAAUUCAUGAUCGUGGUUCCUUAGUUGGUUCUCAAAGGCAAUACCAUAAACAAAUCGGUGGACUAUCAUCUUCGAAAGGACCGACAUCAAAUUUAUUGCGCCAGGUAACUGAUGUCAGAUCGAAAGGAUUGUUAUCUGUGCCUCGAAAUAUUUCGAUUCGAGAUAAAGAAAUCGGAAAUGCGUCAAGUUCUUCGCAAAGUGACAAACAGGAAGGUGACAAUGUGAGUCAAAAUAGCAACGAAUUUCAACGAAACGAAAGUGACAAAUUUGAAAAUAACAGGAUUGAUUCGAAUAUUUCGAGAUCAUCCUCUCAUAUUACUUCAAUGGAAUUACAAACUUAUAAACCUUUAAUGCCGCUUCUUCCGGCAGAAAUAGAUCACAUUGAAGAAACACCACCCGCAUCCAUUUUUGUAAUUGAAGUGGAUGUAAAUCACAUGGAAUCUGUUCAUAAAAAACUUAAUGAAGAAUUGACAGAAAACAAAGACAAAGAAUUUGAACAAAGCAAAGAAGAACGUAUGGUUAUGACAAUUGGAGAAAUUAUACAAGAAUUAUUAAAAGCACAUGAAGAAAACAGAGAUAUUGAUUUAAAUAAAUUAAAAACACGAAUUGCUUCUAAAUAUGGGUUAGAAACUUCACCAAGAUUGGUUGACAUUAUAGCAGCUGUUCCUGUUGAUGCAAGAAGUAUAUUAAUACCAAAAUUAAAGGCAAAACCUAUUAGAACUGCUAGUGGAAUAGCUGUUGUAGCUGUAAUGUGCAAACCUCAUCGAUGUCCUCAUAUUAAUAUGACAGGAAAUAUUUGUGUAUAUUGUCCUGGUGGACCUGAUUCUGAUUUUGAAUAUUCUACACAAUCUUAUACUGGUUAUGAACCUACAUCUAUGAGAGCUAUUCGUGCAAGAUAUAAUCCAUUUCUACAAACUAGGCAUCGUGUAGAACAGUUAAAACAAUUGGGACAUAAUGUAGACAAAAUUGAAUUUAUUGUUAUGGGAGGUACUUUUAUGUCUCUGCCAGAAGAUUACAGAGAUUAUUUUAUUCGAAAUUUACAUGAUGCUCUGUCUGGUCAUGUAAGUAGCAAUGUCGAUGAAGCAGUAAAAUUUUCUGAACGAAGUCGUACAAAAUGUAUUGGUAUUACUAUAGAAACACGUCCUGAUUAUUGUCUUAAGAAACAUCUUUCUGAUAUGUUACGUUAUGGGUGUACUCGUUUAGAAAUUGGAGUUCAAUCUGUAUAUGAAGAUGUAGCACGAGAUACUAAUAGAGGACAUACAGUUCGUGCAGUAUGCGAAAGUUUUCAAUUAUCAAAAGAUACUGGUUUUAAAGUAAUAGCGCAUAUGAUGCCAGAUUUACCAAAUGUUGAUAUUGAGAGAGAUGUAAAUCAAUUCAUUGAAUUCUUUGAAAAUCCUGCUUUCAGAGCAGAUGGAUUGAAAAUUUAUCCAACGUUAGUUAUACGAGGUACAGGUUUAUAUGAGUUAUGGAAAACAGGAAGAUAUAAAAGCUAUCCACCGAGUGUUUUAGUAGAUCUUAUUGCUCGAAUAUUGUCUUUGAUACCACCUUGGACUCGUGUAUAUCGUGUACAGAGAGAUAUACCUAUGCCUUUAGUUAGCUCUGGUGUGGAACAUGGAAAUUUACGUGAGUUGGCACUAGCAAGAAUGAAAGAUUUGGGAACUGAUUGUCGCGAUGUUAGAACUCGAGAAGUGGGUAUUCAAGAAAUACAUCACAAAGUACAACCUUAUGAAGUAGAACUUAUACGACGUGAUUAUGUUGCCAAUGGUGGAUGGGAAACAUUUUUAUCCUAUGAAGAUCCCACUCAAGAUAUUUUAGUUGGUUUACUAAGACUUAGAAAAUGUUCAAAUGAAACGUUUAGGUCAGAACUUAAAGAAAAAUGUUCAAUAGUGAGAGAACUUCAUGUAUAUGGUAGCGUUGUUCCAGUAAAUGCCCGUGAUCCUACAAAGUUUCAGCAUCAAGGAUUUGGAAUGUUAUUAAUGGAAGAAGCUGAACGGAUAGCAAAGGAAGAACAUGGAUCUCAUAAAAUUUCCGUCAUAUCAGGUGUUGGAACAAGGAAUUAUUAUCGAAAAAUGGGAUACGAACUUGAUGGUCCAUACAUGUCUAAAAUACUUGUACUUUGUAAAUAAAUAUUAUUUUUUUCAAAAUAAAAAGAAAGAUUAAUAAGA